AUGAUCAAAAAGAUUUUGGAAGUUGAAGUUAUUUUUUACUUGCAGAUAAUUUUGGUUCCCCUCUUCCAAGAAGACUGUCAGACAUACAUAAUUCAGAAUGUUUUUCAUCUCUUGGAUGCCUUGUUAUUUGCAAGUAAUCAUGGCUACGGACAAAUAGUGAGAUUAUUAUUAGAUAAUGGAGCUGAUCCUACAAUAAAAACAAUUGAUGGACAAAAUGCUGCAGAUCUAGCUUAUUCUAAAGGAUAUAGUCAAAUUGCAGAAAUUCUGACUGAAGCCUUUGAAAAGGAAUAUAAUGAUCCACACAAAAUUCAUGAGAGAGUCAGAUCUAGUUGUGUGAGAAAUAUUACACACUUUAGUGAAUUGGAGUUAUUUUUUGUUGGAAUUGGCCGGGGUGAUUUGUUACCAAUUUUUUACGAAAAUGAACUCUCUUAUAAAGAUUUACUUACGUUGAAUGAAGAAGACUUAAAAAAGAUUGGAGUCAUAGAUCCAAAUGAUAGAGAAGUAAUAUUAAAAGAAAUUGUUUGCUUAAAUGCAAGUCAAUACAAGACCUCCAAAACACCAGAAAUUCAAGAUAAGAAUAUUCUUAGCUGUACUGAAGCCGUGAUGAUGAUGUCUAACAUUAGCAGACAUCUAGCUUAUCUUAGAGGUACCAUUAUUUAUUUGAGACAUAAAAUUCAGAGCCAUCCAAGAAUAUUAGAACUUAGUCAGCAACCAUUUAACGUACAAAAUUUAAUUAAAGAAACCGAACAAAGUAUUAAAAACGCACAUAAUCUCUACGAAGAACUGAAAUUUCUUGCAAUGUAUUUGAAGAAGCUUCAAGACGACACAUACGUACCCGCAGACGUCAUAACAGAAGUGGUCCGUCCCGCCUACAAACCGACAAAAUGGGAAUUUGGAUCUGUGUCUUUUUAUCUUUUAGGACUGACCAGUUUGUCUUUAGUGUUUGGAAGUAUUUGGUGGCGAUUUCCACAUUUCUUUCAUAAAUAUUUGUUGUUAACAGAUGUUAUUAAAAAGAUUGUAAAUAGAUAAAAGAAAUUUGUUUUUAAUGAAGGUGUAAUAAAUUCGUUUUAAUAUAUUUUUUUAUGAGUUAUGUUGUUUUCAAUUCACACAAUCUCUCAACUGUUUACAAAAGGUUAGAGUUGCCUUAUAGGUCACAAGUAGUAUACUGGCAUUGCCAUCCUACAUGUCUUGUAUCUAUCUGAUGCUUUUAGAUGAUCCAGCAAGAAAAUAAUCAGCGGAGUCAAGUCUGGGGAACACGGUGGUCCCAGAAUGGGACAGUGUUGGUGUACACACUCCAUUCUGGAAAAAUGUACAGUACCUUAUCAGUUCAUAGAAUGUGCUCAAACAGCUGAUGCUAAAUUUACACUGGGUUGAAUUGCACGUUGCACCAGUAUAUUCAGUAUCACCCCUGCAUGUUGUGCAUGC